UCUCGCUCUGUUGCCCAGGCUAGAAUACAGUGGAGUGAUCCCGGCUCAGUGCGUCGUCAGCCUCCUGGGCUCAAGUGAUCUUCCCGCCUCAGCCUCCCAAAGUAUUACAGGCAUGAGCCACUGCGUCCAGCUUGGCAGUGGCAUUUCUUUGGGGUUAGGAAGUGUGGCUAGAAUUUGGACACCCAGAAAUAAAGGUGGCAGAAAGAGCACACGCAGAGACGAUGUGAGAGGGGGAUUAAGGCCGGAAAGGGAGGUUGAGGCGACAUUGUGGAAGAGUGGCAGGCUAGAUGAUUCUGACUCGGCCCCCUGGUGUCAGGAAGUAAUAAGACUGAGGACAGAGCCGGCCAGUGGCUCACACCCGCAGUCUCAGCAGUCUGGGAUGCCGAGGUGGGAGGAUUGCUUGAGCCCAGGUUUGAGAGCAAGGGUAGGGUUAAGAGAAGGAAGCCAGAAAGUAGGGGCGGUUAGCAUUCCAACCUUGCCACAUGGACGUCUUGCAUCCACGGGAAGGAGUGCAGACUCUGCUGCAACACAGACCCCAAAAUACACUGGCUCAACUGGGGCGAUGCCGGAGUGUGAAGGAGUUUGAGAAGCUGAACCGUAUUGGAGAGGGCACCUACGGCAUCGUGUAUCGGGCCCGGGACACUCAGACAGAUGAGAUUGUUGCGCUGAAGAAGGUGCGGAUGGACAAGGAGAAGGACGGCAUCCCCAUCAGCAGCCUGCGGGAGAUCACGCUGCUGCUCCGCCUGCGCCACCCAAAUAUUGUGGAGCUGAAGGAGGUGGUUGUGGGGAACCACCUGGAGAGCAUCUUCCUGGUGAUGGGUUACUGUGAGCAGGACCUGGCCAGCCUCCUGGAGAAUAUGCCAACACCCUUCUCAGAGGCCCAGGUCAAGUGCAUCGUGCUGCAGGUGCUCCGGGGCCUCCAGUACCUGCACAGGAACUUCAUCAUCCACAGGGACCUGAAGGUCUCCAACUUGCUCAUGACUGACAAGGGCUGUGUGAAGACAGCGGAUUUUGGCCUGGCCCGGGCCUACGGCGUCCCAGUAAAGCCGAUGACCCCCAAGGUGGUCACUCUCUGGUACCGAGCCCCCGAGCUGCUGCUGGGAACCACCACGCAGACCACUAGCAUCGACAUGUGGGCCGUGGGCUGCAUCCUGGCCGAGCUGCUGGCCCACAAGCCCCUUCUUCCCGGCACUUCCGAGAUCCACCAGAUCGACUUGAUCGUGCAGCUGCUGGGGACGCCGAGUGAGAACAUCUGGCCGGGCUUUUCCAAGCUGCCGCUGGUUGGCCAGUAUAGCCUUCGGAAGCAGCCGUACAACAACCUGAAGCACAAGUUUCCGUGGCUGUCGGAGGCCGGGCUGCGCCUGCUACACUUCCUGUUCAUGUACGACCCUAAGAAAAGGGCGACCGCUGGGGACUGCCUGGAGAGCUCCUACUUCAAGGAGAAGCCCCUGCCCUGUGAGCCUGAGCUCAUGCCCACCUUUCCCCACCACCGCAACAAGCGGGCUGCUCCAGCCACCUCCGAGGGCCAGAGCAAGCGCUGCAAGCCCUGACGGCGGGCCUGGCUCAUGCUUGCAUCCCACAGCCAGAUCUUCAGGUCGGCGGUGUCUGUGAAGGAUGCUAUGAUCCAGGCUGACCAGGCACCUGGGAUCUGGCUGGUCCUCUUGGCUGGGACCAUCCUCCAGUGACCAUCCCACUGUCUUCCCCUGAACCCACUGCUGCCCUAGAAACAGGGCUUGGAUGCAGGGCGAUGCUUCAGGGACUUCCAGCCUGUGCACCCCGGAAGGGUGGGUCUGGUGGCUCCGUCCCCAGCUGCAGGGGUCUCAUGCCACUCUCUAGCCUCACUGUGUUGGAAGCAUGGGACCCUGCUUCUUGGGAGGAGUGGCCAGUGCAGUUCCCUCUGGUGUCUUGGAGUCGUGGUGGACACUGGCUUGGGAGGAGCAGACCCCAGACCACCUUCUGCCCUUUCAGUCAUCAGGAGCUGCCCCCUGCAUGGGUCAGCUCUGGUGACCCCAGGUGGGCCUGCCAGGACUCCAGAUGAGAACAAGAGGGACGAGGUGUGGUGUGUGGGCCACAAGUGAGGAUGCCCCAGGACCCCCAGGAGAGCCCUGGGCAGGGGGCCCAGUUGCAUCCCACUCCUCACACAGAGGCCCCAACGCUGAUGUUGAGAGGUUUGGUAGGCUCUGGUCGGAUAAAAACUUUCUUAAAAGA